AUGUCCGAUGGUCGCGGUGCUCCCUCCCGUCCCCCUUGCCUGAAGGUAGCAGAGAGGAUAUCAACCGACAACGACGUGAUGUGCCAUAUCGACGCCAUGCUCAUCAAGGUCCUCGACCUCGAGCACCACCCUGAGCGCGCCGAGUCCGACGCCGUGCUCAUGUCCUGCCGGGUGGAGUCGACGGACGUGGAGAUGGCGAAGGAGCGCCUCACGUACCUCCUCGCUGGGCGCGAGCCGCCUCCUCUGCCCGCCAAGGUCCCCAAGCUCUUCCAGAUCGGUCAAGUCACAUUACUUCCCAACGAGUCCGUUCCGGACACUCUGAACGUCACUGCAGAGCGGACGAAGGAGAUAUUGCAAGGAUCAGGCCUCUUUCAGCCCGGAAGUGGCCAUAUUCUCGUGCGCGGAAUGUGGGUCUCGGAGAAAAUCGACUGGGCGACAUGCUACUUCGCCCGGUGUAUCACGCCGGAGAUGAUAAAAGAUGUGUCGAGUUGGAGGAAGAAGGGGAAGGAGGGAGAGCCACCCAGCAAUGAACCUCAUACGCUCGCCGACCUGAUCAGACGCUUCGACCUCGGGGCGUUGUACGACCCCGAGAUGAACAAGAAGCUCACUAUAGUGAGUCUUCAGCACAACCUCAUCUAA